AAGGGCACCCGCUCCGGAUUACCCCACAACUCCAGUGGAACCCCAUAAAGAAACGAUACCCCGCGAUACAGUUCGGAUCUUUAAAUCAUCGUUGUUUGGACCGUCGAAGAAUCAUAUACAUGUCCCACAACAUGACAUCCCACUCACCUCAGCCUGUGCAUACACCGGAUCCGGCAUCGCCCUUCCACAUCCUCGACGCGCAAUGGGGCAUCAUCCAUCAAUAUCUGUACAACCUUCCCCAAUCCGGCGCACAAUCCGCAUCCAGAGACUGGCUCAACGGUAUCAACCGCAAUGUGCUCCUCACCGCCCUCGCGAAGAAACGCGCAGAGAUCGAAAACCUUUGGACGGAAGCAAACCAAGCCGAAUCAAGCUCACUCCGCCACUCGAAGAUCGAAAUCAAUUUCCCUAAUUACGAAGCCGGAACUCCUCCGUUUACGCCGCCUCCGUCCGUUUCCACCAUGUCGCCACCGUCUCCAGCUAUCACUUUGCCACACGAUAGAUACACCGGCAGUACGGGAGUCGGGUAUGCGUCUGCUGAACACGUUGAUCGGCUAUCGCCCCUGUCUCCCACUUUUGGCCCUCGUCGUUUCGAUCUUUUCUCCGGUACUGUCUCCAGACGACGCUCACUACCGCCCAGCUCUUCGCGUGCAUUUUCAAACUCGAGCAGUGCGGAUAACAGAAAAGGAACGGACGAGAGGAAAUCACUCUUGAAGGACUGGGAGCGAAGGAUUCUGUGGGAGGCGGCUUGGAAGGAGAUUGAGAGAAAUCUCGAUCGCUAUGUUGACAGGUUUGCUGGUACUGGGGACGGUAAGGAGACAGUGCGGCGGAAUAACGAAGAUAUAUGGGAAGAGUUAGUGGAUUUGAAGGUGGAGGCCGAACUGCUCGAGGGAAGGAUAAGGAGUGCCAGAGUGACUAUGCGGGAUCAACAAUGACGUCUCACUUGUGCGUUCGAAUAGCAAGCAGUUUGAAAAUCCCAAGCUGAUCGUCAGCCUUUCGGUAGAUACAGUAUAAGACUCAAAUACAGAUACUACGCUCCAUAAGCAGUAGCAUUUCCCUAUACCAAAACCA